AUGAAGUCACAUGGAACGACCUCAGCAUCUUCCUCAUCGUCGUCAUUCCAUACGACCUCCUUGCUCACUCCUAGCCAUACGGAUUCGCCACCCAGUCGAAUAAGUGUACAUUCGAGUGGUAGCGGUGGAAGUGGCUCUUCAUCACUCGCUUCAUCAUCUGUCGACGCGCUCGAUGACUCUUUUUACUCGUCGUCAUCAGAAACGCCGGUUAAUGUAACCCAGAUGGUGGCGAAAGGCGUACCCGAAGCUGAAAUACUAGCAAUUUGGUUGGAUAAGAUUGGAAUGGCCGAAUAUCUAGCAUUGUUCCUCACUCAAGGAUAUGACUUAUCAUCAAUAGCCCGAAUAACGCCUGAGGACCUGCUGUCCCUAGGGAUAACAAAUCCGGCUCAUCGGAAACGAUUGAUGAAUGAUAUUCAUAGCUGGCAAAUCACUGACAGCUGGCCAUCUGUUCCACCGCAAGGAGGCUUGAGUGAAUGGCUUACGUUGUUGGCCUUACCCGAAUACAUAAGCGUUUUCGAUUCACAAGGGUACGAUUCCGUCCAAGAGGUGAUGAAGUUGAGCUGGGAGGAUUUUGAAGAUAUCGGUGUGAAGAGAUUAGGGCAUUUGAAACGUCUUGGAUUGGCUAUCAAGAAGUUGAAGGAUUAUCGACGCUCGAUGAAUAAUCCAUUGGACACGCUGACGAAUUCAGCCAAGGUCCAGCCAGUGCAGGUGCCUUCACCAAUGCUUUCAGCACGCUCUAUUGCGCCGGCAGUGCAGGAACAAAUGACGCCGCAUGUCAGGCGCAACGACCCACCACCUCCAGCUCCAUCAAGUACGUUACGAGCUAAAGCGAACCUGAAUGGGAAUAUCGACUACCUGAGUUAUUCCAGAGGAUCAAAGAUCGAGCCAAUACGGCUAAAUCUGGUAUCCACUGGGAAAAUACUCAGCGAUGCAAGCCGUGAACGUGAUACACCGUCUGCAUUGGCGCUCCACUGCACUGUGAAGGGUCAAUACGUCGACUACAGCACGCGUUCCAGUCUUCGGCGAGUAGCAGCGGCGGAUCAUCCUCAAGCCUUGAACAGUUACCAUUUGCUAAUGAGAACUGUGGAACAAUCAAGUCAAAAGACAAUACUGCACGAAAAAAACAGCGUACGAGCAUCUUCUCAACCUCAAACACCCCAAAAACUACUGCCUAUGACGAUACCGGACUGCUCAACCUCUAAUCGAGACAAACCCAUGCAUGCAGUUGGCCCUAAUGGUAACGUACUGUCGGACAUUGGAUUCAUGUUGCAAAAUUUGACAGAUGAAUUGGAUGCGAUGUUGGAUCCAGCAAAGCCUGCAGUGAAAAUGCCUCCUUUGUUCCCAGUAACGAAAUAA